UUCACAAAUCAUAUUUAACAUUUCCUCCUCUGUUUGUGCUUCUUCUACAUUUCUCUUAAAAACUAAAAUGGCACACUCAAAGGUAAUCAUUGCUCUAAUGUUGGCAUUAAUCGCCGGAUCUGCUUUCGCACAAGCACCAGGACCAUCUCCGGCAUCUUCUCCGAAGAGUUCUCCGGCACCGGUGGCGACUCCUCCUCCUACAACAUCAACACCACCUAUUGUUGCCCCUGCAAAUGCUCCUACUACUGCAUCUUCUCCAUUGGCAUCUCCACCAGCUCCACCAACUUCCGAGACUCCGGCGUCGUCUCCUUCCGGUGCUGCUUCUCCUCCAUCUAUUGCCGCCGCUCCCGGAGGUUCUCCUACUGAAUCUCCUAACUCUGCUUCCUUGAACAGAGUCGCCGUUGCUGGAUCUGCUGUUGUAGCUAUCUUUGCUGCUGCAUUGAUGCUUUAAAUCUAUGAUCUGUGAAAUAUUUUGCAUUUUUCAUUCGCCGGAAUUGAUGGAGUUAGUGUAGUUGAUUUAUUUGUAUUAUAUUGUUAUUGUUGAAUACUAUUAUAGAAUUCUUUAUUUAUUUAUGGAAAGCAUUAUGAUUAUGAUUUCCUCUUUUUCA